AUGGCGGCGCACCUGUCCUACGGGCGAGUGAACCUGAACGUGCUGCGCGAAGCAGUGCGGCGCGAGCUGCGCGAGUUCCUGGACAAGUGCGCGGGAAGCAAGGCGAUAGUUUGGGAUGAGUACCUAACAGGACCAUUUGGCCUGAUUGCACAGUAUUCACUACUGAAGGAACAUGAAGUGGAAAAAAUGUUCACACUUAAAGGAAGUCGUUUGCCAGCAGCUGAUGUCAAGAAUAUUAUUUUUUUUGUCAGACCCAGACUAGAAUUGAUGGAUAUAAUUGCUGAAAAUGUGCUCAGCGAAGACAGACGUGGCCCAGCAAGAGAUUUCCACCUUUUGUUUGUGCCACGCCGUAGCUUGUUGUGUGAACAGCGGUUGAAGGAUCUGGGUGUUUUGGGAUCCUUUAUUCAUAGGGAGGAGUAUAGCUUAGAUCUCAUUCCUUUUGAUGGGGAUCUCUUAUCCAUGGAAUCGGAGGGUGCGUUCAAAGAGUGCUACUUGGAGGGCGACCAGACGAGCCUGUACCAUGCUGCCAAGGGGCUGAUGACCCUGCAGGCUCUAUAUGGAACCAUCCCUCAGAUCUUUGGGAAAGGAGAAUGCGCUCGGCAAGUGGCCAAUAUGAUGAUCAGGAUGAAGAGAGAGUUUACAGGAAGCCAAAAUUCAAUAUUUCCUGUUUUUGAUAAUCUCUUGUUGCUUGAUCGAAAUGUGGAUUUAUUAACACCUCUUGCCACUCAGCUUACAUAUGAAGGACUCAUUGAUGAAAUUUAUGGCAUUCAGAACAAGUUACACCAGCUUUUGUGCCAUCAGCAGUUCAUGAGGGCAUGUUGGGUGUUCCAGGGAAACAUCAACUGCAUUGGUUUGGCAGGAGCAGAGGUGGGAGAAGAAAGGCACAACGCGAAAACAGUGGGGGAGAUUAAGCAGUUCGUUUCCCAGCUACCCCACAUGCAGGCAGCGAGAGGCUCACUUGCAAACCAUACCUCGAUUGCAGAGUUAAUCAAAGAUGUUACUACUUCUGAAGACUUCUUUGACAAAUUAACAGUGGAGCAGGAGUUUAUGUCUGGAAUAGACACUGAUAAGGUCAACAAUUAUAUUGAGGAUUGUAUUGCCCAAAAGCAUCCUUUGAUCAAGGUAUUAAGACUAGUUUGCCUCCAGUCCGUGUGCAAUAGUGGACUAAAACAAAAAGUUUUGGAUUAUUACAAAAGAGAAAUUCUCCAGACAUACGGCUAUGAGCACAUAUUGACCUUACACAACCUAGAGAAGGCUGGCUUGCUGAGACCACAGACAGGGGGCAGAAACAAUUACCCAACAAUUCGGAAAACGUUACGCCUCUGGAUGGAUGAUGUUAAUGAACAAAACCCCACGGACAUAUCCUAUGUGUACAGUGGUUAUGCACCACUUAGUGUACGCCUAGCUCAGCUGCUUUCCCGGCCUGGCUGGCGGAGCAUUGAGGAGGUCCUCCGCAUCCUCCCAGGGCCGCACUUUGAAGAACGGCAGCCUCUGCCCACAGGACUACAAAAGAAACGUCAACCAGGAGAAAACCGGGUCACUCUGAUAUUUUUCCUUGGGGGUGUAACCUUUGCUGAAAUUGCUGCCCUACGAUUUCUCUCCCAGUUGGAAGAUGGAGGUACAGAAUAUGUAAUUGCCACCACUAAACUAAUGAAUGGAAGCAGCUGGAUAGAGGCUCUAAUGGAAAAACCUUGCUAGGGUGUUCAAAGGAGACCUAACAGGUACACGGCAGAAUAAACUGCCUCUUUGAAGAAGUUGCUGAAAGGAAGUGAAACCCCAUAGAAGAAACACAGGAAUACAGAAUUUACUUUGGGAUCAGCUUCUUAAAUUAUACUACUGUUUUCUCCCUUCUGCUGCUUUUUUGUGUUCAUAAUUUCUUGAAGAAAGAAGAAUGGAAGAGAAUCAACCUGGGUAAAAGAAACACUGGUUUUGAAUUUUCUAAGCUGAGGAUCUUCAUUAGAAGCCUCUGGAAGUACAUUAAGGAUGGUGAGGUUGGAUAAUCCGUACAGUCGCAGAAAUGGGGCCAGUUCUUAAAAUAAAAAGCAGAGACUGAGGAGGUAAAAAUGAAAGUAAAAGUGGAAUGUCCAACCCCUAAUACAUAGUGCUGUAUUUCUUGAAGGCACAUCAUGCCUGGGACAGUGUUUGUGUUGGGGCUAGAGAUGAUGUUAUCACUGAGUUGAGAUUUCUUUUUCCUGUGGAGUAUGGCAGACUACAUUUAGUGUCACCAGUCUCUAUCUUCUCUGAUCACUAAGGCAAGUUUUGCUUUCUUCUCCUUACAAAGUAAGAGAUUUGGGGGAGCAAAGUCUAUGCUCUGUCUGAUCAGCUACAUCUCUGUAGGUUCAUACUUAUCAAGGCCUUUUUCACUGAAGAACCUAAUAAUUGGGGAAAAUUCUUCCUGAGAAUUUUACCAUUCAAAGACACUUCUUAGUGCACAUGGUGUUAACUCCAAGACAUUUCAGUGAUCGAUGUCUCCACUGAGGUUUCACUUUUCUUCCCUGUCCAUCAUGGGCCCAACAUCCAGCUGGUCCCGCUGUGAGCAGUGGUCUCUUGUUUUGUCAGCAUCUUCCAACUCCAUCUCCAUGGUAACUGCCACAUGUACCUCUUUAGCAGUCUGCGACCACUCCGUACUAAGCCUCUUAACAUCUGUUUUGCAUGAAAACACCCAGCUCAGUUUCAGUCCCUGGUCUGAUGACCUCAGCUUUCUCCAGUAUAUUUAGUCCUACAGGAGACUGCUAGGCUGUGGUAGAGAGCAGGGAUGUUGGGGGAGAAGUUGGAAAUCUGUGAAUGUUCCCUGCCUCCCUCCUACGAGCAUCUAGAGGAGUUAAGGAUGCCAGAAAGGGAACCAAGUUGAUGGUUUCACUGCCCUUGCCCAAGUCUCCAGCAAAACUAGCUGGUCUGCUUUGCUCGGUCCCAUCCCAGGCGUGGUUUCUAUUGUUAAUUAGUUACCACACAUGUUUUUCCCUCGCCUUUUUCAUUAGUGGAAAUCUAAUGGAAACAUUGCGUGUUUUGAGUAAAAGAGAAAUUUGAUAUGCUAAAGAGUUUUUCUUUUUUUUUUUUUUUUAAAUAUAAGAAUGAUGGAACAGGUAAUAUUUUAAAGAUUUGUUUCUCAUGGAAUUAAUUUGGUCUUGACAUUCAGUAUUUGGAAGUGUCUUAAAGAAAACCAUUCUUGUUUUGGAAAUCUUUUAAAAUACUUAUCCCAGGGAGAUUAGUUUAUACCUUCUAGCCCCAGCAAUUGUCAGCCUCAGCUGCCUUAGAGAAUGAAAUCCAUCUUGUCCCUCAAUGUUUUUGGCUCAUGGGAUUCAAGUCUGAUCAAGUCUCCUUGGCUGGGGUUUUUGUCCUAUGAACAGAUACUCAGUUGUAUUCUCAUGUAUCUACAUUCACUGGUGACUCUAUACUUGCUUGCUCAGAGCAUAGCUAGGUCAGCUCCUAAAAAUGCAUUCAGCAGAAGACUUAAAAACAUCAAUUGCUUCAUUUGUAUGCAAAUAGAAAGUGGUGGAUAAUUAUAUAUUAUACGCCUUUGUGUAAGUUCAUUUAAUACUUGAAGCAGUCUGUCUCAAAGGAGUAUGCCCUUACUGAGAAAGGGUAUGUGAAUGGUACAUUUAUUCUUGGAGAGGGCGGAUUGUUUACAUCAUGUCUGGGCUUUUGUCUAGUUGAGUAGACAGUUCUGCUACACCCUUAAUAAAGAAGUCUACACAGACA